AUGUACAGAUCAACAAACCCUUGUAUAUUUAUUUACAAGAAGCAUGACCUUGUUUACAGCUUCAAAGACCUAAGCAUGCUUAUAAAGGUUCAUAAUGAGCCAAUGGAAGUAUACCGCGACAAGGAGGGUAGGAGUAAGCAGCCUUCUCCUUCUGUCCAUGAACAAAGAGAACAGGGCAGGGUUACUCUGUAUCAAGGACAUCAAGAAUUAGCCAGCUUUUCGGCAUUGUUGAAUGUUGAUGAAGAAGAAACAGACUUUGCCGCUAUGUUGGAGGAUCAGUUGUUGGCUGAUGAGGAGUCUUCUUCCCCUUCUGUAAGUGAACAAGAAGAACAGCCUAUGAUUUUGUCUCAAUCAGAGCAGCCCAUGAAUUGGCAGAUUUCUGAUGAUCAGGAAAUAGGGACAGUUGAGGACUCAAGUUCGCCCAGAGAAAAACAACUGGAAUUUCCUAAGGUUAAAGUUGAUGAUGAAGAACUUCGACGGAAAGUGGUUCAAUAUGCAACCUCUAUCAGAGUUCAGCUGGAAUUCCUUUGA